AUGACUACACGCACGCUUGAGUCGCGCUUGGAGCGCAUCUCUAUUCAAGACGAAAACGACGUCGGUGAAGCCACCAAGAUCUACUCAAAGACCAAGUUAACAACGACGUCAACCACCACCAGGGCAAACCAUUUCAAGGUAGCUCUUCAGUCUCAAAGCAACAACGUCAACGCAGUUGCGUCCGUCACCCUCCCUUCACAAGCGGCCCAGAGAAAACCGCCUCCACCCAUCAAUCCUGCUUCACCGCCCCCAGCAAGAAGGCCUCUGCCCGCUCCCACAGCCCGAGUCAAAGAGGAGAAAGAAAAGGAAAGGGAGAGAGUAAGAGAAAAGGAGAAGGAAAGGGAAAAAGAAAAGGAGGUUGAGAAAGAUGUCGAUGAGACCAAAUCAGCUCUGACGGAGCAGCCAAGCGUACCCAAACAGUUCCAUCUGGGCAUGUUUGAGAUUGGACGGCCUCUGGGAAAGGGCAAGUUUGGUCGCGUUUACCUUGCCAGGGAGCGGACAAGCGGCUUCAUCUGUGCUUUGAAGGUGCUUCACAAGAGCGAGCUUCAGGCCGGGGGAGGUGUGGAGAAGCAGGUUCGGCGUGAAAUCGAGAUCCAGAGCAACCUACGGCAUCCGAACAUUCUGCAGCUUUACGGCCAUUUCCACGAUAGCAAGAGAGUCUUUUUGAUCCUCGAGUAUGCUGGAAAGGGCGAGCUGUAUAAGCACUUGCGAAAGGAGACCAAGUUCCCCGAAUGGAAGGCGGCACAGUAUGUUGCUCAGAUGGCUUCUGCGCUGCAGUAUCUUCACAGAAAGCAUGUUAUUCACCGUGAUAUCAAGCCUGAGAAUAUUCUCGUUGGUAUUCACGGUGAAAUCAAGAUUUCCGACUUUGGCUGGAGUGUACACGCCCCCAACAACAGACGGAAAACGCUGUGCGGCACGCUUGAUUAUCUUCCCCCGGAAAUGAUCAAGCCCGGCUCUUCGGACAACUACUACAACGAAAAGGUUGACCUCUGGAGCUUGGGUGUGUUGACGUACGAGUUCCUCGUUGGUGAGGCUCCUUUCGAAGAUACUCCUGUUAUGACGCAGCGAAGGAUCGCCCGUGCAGACAUGCAAAUCCCCAAGUUCGUCAGCUCAGAGGCUGCUGAUCUCAUCAAGAGACUUUUGGUUCUUGACCCCGAGAAGCGUAUUCCUCUCGAAGAUGUACAGAGCCACCCUUGGAUCAUCAAGCAUUGCGUCAAGGGUGAACGAGCUACCAAUCGCGAGAAGAGUUCCUGA